AUGAGUAAACCAUCUUCCAUCAAAAAGUCUAAGGCAUCUGCUAUUAAACCCUCGGCUAAUUCAAAAUCAAAAACCCCAAAAAUUGAGACCCCAAAAUUGCAACAAGUUGAAACACGAUUAGAAGGCGAAGUUCCAACAACUAAAGUUUCAAUUAAAAGAAACAGUAUUACUACUGAAUCUGUUAAGGCUUCAGAAGAUAAGUCUACUCCACAAAGCACUAACACCCCUGCUGCUGCUGUAGCAAAGUCUAAUCCAAAUACCAAUGCAGAGCCAGCUAAAAUUCCAAACGAAAAACUGUUAAAAACAGAAUCACCACUGAGUCAAAAACAAAACGGUGCAACAACAACAAAGGAAAAAUCUGAUGUUCUGUUGGAGACAAAAUCGACGUCAUCAACUACUGUCAGCAACAAUAACUCGGUCUUACAAUAUACCGAGUUGUCGGAGAUCCCUAUUGGUGUUGAAAGAAUUACUAAGGCCUUCCAUAGUGGCAAAACACACUCUUUACAGUUUAGAUUGAAACAAUUACGAAACUUGUACUUUACAAUGAAAGACAACCAGGAAGCUUUGUGUGACGCUUUGCAAAAGGACUUUCACCGUCUUCCUUCCGAAACAAGAAACUAUGAAUUUGCCACUGGAUUGAAUGAGCUAGUGUUUAUUAUGUCACAGCUCCACAAAUGGAGCAAACCACAACCUGUUGACGAGUUGCCAUUGAAUUUGUCUUUGAAUCCAGUUUACAUUGAGAGAAUUCCUUUGGGAACAAUUUUAGUCAUUGCUGCUUUCAAUUAUCCGUUUUUUGUCUCGAUCUCACCAAUAGUUGGUGCAAUAGCAAGUGGCAACACAGUUGCACUCAAGCCUUCUGAGUUAACACCCCGUUUUUCCAAGCUUUUUACUGACUUGUUGUCAAAAGCAUUGGACCCAGAGAUAUUUUUUGUUGUCAAUGGGGCCAUUCCUGAAACAACAUGCUUGUUGGAACAAAAAUUUGACAAAAUUGUUUAUACUGGUAGCGGUUUGGUAGGUACAAUAAUUGCGAAAAAGGCUGCGGAAACCUUGACACCAGUUAUUUUGGAGUUGGGAGGAAAGUCACCUGCUUUUGUUUUGGAUGACAUUUCUGACAAGGACUUGGCAACUGUUGCUCGAAGAAUUGCUUGGGGUAGAUUUGUAAAUGCUGGUCAAACAUGUAUCGGUGUUGACUAUGUAUUGGUGGCAAAGUCCAAGCACGACAAAUUUAUCCUGGCCUUGCAAGAGGUAAUUGAAAAAGAGUUUUUUCAAGACGUUGACAAGACGAGAAACUUUACCCAUAUGAUCCAUGACCGGGCAUUUGAGAAAAUGGAGAGUAUACUCAACACUACUUCUGGUAAUGUGAUAAUUGGAGGCAAGCUUGAUCAUGGCACAAGAUAUGUGGGACCUACCGUGAUUGAUAACGUAACCUGGACAGAUUCCUCUAUGAAAGACGAGAUUUUCGGUCCAAUUUUACCAAUUUUAACCUACACUGAUCUUGAAAAAUCCUGUCGUGAAAUUAUUGCUAACCACGAUACUCCCUUGGCACAAUAUAUCUUUACAAGUGGACCUACAUCUAGACAGUAUAAUUCCCAAAUUAACACUAUUACCACUUUGGUUAGAUCUGGGGGAUUGGUUAUCAAUGACGUUUUGAUGCAUAUUGCUUUGCACAAUGCUCCGUUUGGUGGUGUUGGAACUUCGGGAAACGGUGCCUAUCAUGGAGAGUUCUCAUACAGAGCUUUCACACAUGAGAGGACCGUUCUCGAACAACAUUUGUGGAAUGAUUGGGUACUCAAAUCAAGAUAUCCCCCAUAUGCCAAUAAAAAAGACAAAUUGAUCGCCAGCUCCCAACAAAAGUACGGUGGUAGAGUUUGGUUCAAUAGAGAAGGGAAUGUGAGAAUUGGAGGUCCACCCCUCUUGUUUUCUGCUUGGAACAAUGCUCUUGGGGUAGCUGAAUUAGUACGUGAUUUUAUUGGAGCUGGUUUGUGA